AUGUCGCAUUCAUCGAAUCAAAAUGUUGAAGAUCCUCAUGCAAAAAUGGCUUCAGAAUCAGCACCACCUGGUAUGAAUUCAAUUACAAAUACAGUUGGUAUGCAUCCGAUUACAAAUGAAACAUCAACACAAAAACCUCCAUCAGAUGUACGACGAGGAAGUUGUGAUAAACCAGGAUGUACUGAUGACCAUAGUGGAAAACCACAUGAAUAA